CCUUACCCCAGCCCGUCACUCGCUUCCCUGUCCCUCCCCGUGCUAACUCUCCGGACGCCCUCGCCGGCCGCGGGCGGAGCUCCAUCCGCGGCGCUCCGCGAUCCCCGGCCCCCGCCCCUUUCCCUGUCCCUCUGUCCCCGGAGCCCCCAAGAGGCCGCCGCCGCCGUACGGCUCCGCGCCGCGCGAGCAGGUACGUGCGCCUCCGCAGCGGCUCGGAGCCCGGCCGGGAAGGGGGCGGGAGCCAGGGAGGGCGAGGCUGUGGCGGCCAGGCCCGCGCCCUCCGGGCUGCGCCGCAGGACAGACCCCGGCGGGCGGACGCCGGCUCCGGCUAGGCGGGCGGUCGCUGGGGUAGGACGCACCCUUGCCCGCCGGCCGCCCGGCGUCCUUCGCCUCCCGCGUGGGGAGGCAGGGAGGGAGGCCCGCACAGCUGCCAAGGGGCCAAGGGAUGAGCUGGGGCCCUCCUUCCCAAUGGCAUCUCCCCCUGGUCUGGAACUGAAGACACUGAGCAAUGGUCCCCACACCCCAAGGAGACUAGCUCCCCUGGGCCCAGUAGCCCCAACCAGAGAGGGUGUGGAGAAUGCCUGCUUCUCCUUGGAGGAGAAUGAAACUCAGUUCCAGAACCCUGGGAACACCAGACUGGGCAGCUCCCCCAGCCCUCCAGGGGGCAUCCCCUCACUGCCCCGAUCCCAGAGGGACGAUGUGUCUCUACAUUCAGAGGAGGGGCCAGGCCUGGAGCCCGUGAGCCGUCCGGUGGAUUAUGGCUUCAUUUCUGCCCUGGUUUUCCUGGUGAGUGGGAUCCUUCUAGUGGUGACAGCAUACGCCAUCCCCCGGGAGGCCCGUGUCAACCCGGACACAGUGACAGCGCGGGAGAUGGAACGACUGGAGAUGUACUAUGCCCGCCUGGGCUCCCACCUGGACAAGUGCAUCAUCGUGGGCCUGGGGCUGCUCACGGUGGGCGGCAUGCUCCUGUCGGUGCUGCUGAUGGUCUCCCUGUGCAAGGGCGAGCUCUACCGCCGGCGGACCUUCAUCCCUGGCAGGAGCUGCAGGAAGACGUAUGGCUCCAUCAACCUGCGCAUGAGACAGCUCAAUGGGGAUGGGGGCCAUGUCCUGGUGGAGAAUGAAGUUGUCCAGGUCUCAGAAACUGGCCACACCCUCCAGGGCUCUUAAGUAAGAGCCUACCUUAUGUGGCUGCUUUAGCUCCAGGGCCAUGUGACCCCAAAGGCCACAGGUUUCGGACUGAGCUCCAUAUAGGGCCCCCUGGAAGGAGUAUGGGUGCUAGAGGGAGAGCCUAGGGCUCAGCCCUGGCCCCACAUGGGCAAGUGGCCCAUUGAUCUGUUUUGUAGCUGAGGUUUUGCAUAAGGUUUUGUUUGGAAGAUGGCUUCUGCUGCUAAAAAUACAAAACAUUUGGAAACUGCU